CAUCUGGGUGAUAUUACUGUCUUCAGUAGAGGGCAGUACAGGUGGUGUGAGGGUUGUGUGUCGAGUGGUCUCUGCUCAGUGGGUACUUGUACCAAGACUCCCUCAUUUCUUGAAAUAGAAACUGGCCAUUCUUCAUUCAAAAUGGAUGAGAUGAGUAAGGUACGACCAAUGCAGCUUGAAGCUGCCAAUGCCUACUCCCAGGUAGACCAUAUGUGUGCUCUGGACAUAGACUCCCGCCCCUUCUCACAGCGGUUGUCUGGAAUCAUUUGCACCAUUGGCCCUGUAUCCCGGUCAGUGGAAAUGCUGGAACAGAUGAUGGAAGCCCUGAAAACUGGUGGUGAAGUGAAGCUGACAACAGACAAGGAAUGGUACGAGAAGUGUUCGGUUGAUGUCGUCUACCUUGACUACGUUAACAUCACCAAAGUUGUAAAGCCAAAGAACCGCAUCUUUGUUGACGAUGGUCUCAUUUCUCUCGUUGCUAAAGAAAUAGGAAGUGACUACAUAGUGUGUGAAAUUGAAAAUGGCGGUAUGCUUGGGAGCAAGAAGGGUGUGAACUUGCCAGGCGUUCCAGUCGAUCUUCCUGCCGUGUCGGAAAAAGACCGAGGUGACCUGUUACUUGGUGUCAAGAUGGGUGUCGACAUGGUGUUUGCUUCCUUCAUCCGUGAUGCUGCUGGCGUGCGGGAGAUAAGGAACGUCCUGGGAGAUGAAGGAAAGAAUAUAAAGAUUAUUAGCAAGAUUGAGAAUCACCAAGGUUGCAAGAACAUUGAUUCCAUUAUCGAAGAAGGUGAUGGCAUCAUGAUUGCCCGUGGUGACUUGGGUAUUGAAAUUCCUGCCGAGAAGGUUUUCAUUGCACAAAAGCAAAUGCUUGCAAAGUGUAACAAGGUUGGGAAGCCAGUGAUUUGUGCCACUCAGAUGUUGGAGUCCAUGGUAAAGAAGCCAAGACCAACCCGUGCUGAAGUAUCUGAUGUAGGUAAUGCCAUCAUGGAUGGAGCGGACUGUGUCAUGUUGUCAGGAGAGACCGCCAAGGGAGACUACCCACUGGUGUGCGUGCGAACAAUGGCUAAUAUUGCAAGAGAAGCUGAGGCUGCUUUGUGGCAUAAGCAACUCUUCAUUGAACUCUCACAACAGGUUUCCUUACCAACAGACUCGACGCAUACAACAGCUAUUGCAGCUGUAGAGGCUUCAUUCAAAGCAAUGGCAUCUGCCAUUAUUGUCAUCACCACUACUGGCCGCUCUUCUCAUUUAGUUUCUAAGUACCGGCCACGCUGCCCAAUCAUGGCUGUUACACGCUUCCCCCAAGUUGCUAGACAGUGCCACCUUUACCGUGGUAUUAUUCCCGUUCACUACACAGAAGAGGAGGAUGCUGAUCAUCUGCAAGACUGGAUGGACGAUGUUAAUGCUCGUGUCGAUUAUGCUGUUGGAUAUGGCAAGGAACGUGGCUUCAUCAAGACUGGCGACCCUGUUGUGGUAGUCACCGGAUGGCAGAAGGGAGCUGGCUUUACAAAUACCAUGCGCGUUUUGUACGUAAAGUAAUUUAUUUGGCCAAUUAUGGAGGGUGGGGGGGAAACUGUUCUUAUGCUAGUGUGGGUUCCUAGGUAGUGGCAAACAUUGGCCAUAUAAGUCAAAUGCUUCAUCUUGAGCUAUGCACCCUGACAUUGUCACUGCAAGUGUUGUGUUGCAAGUAGUAUGUUGGUGUGCUAAUUGCUUGGUUAAUGGAAUGGUGAUAAAAUGAAUUAAAAUUGGGUAUGCGCGAGAGACGAGAUUUUUUUUGGGUAAUGGUGUGAUGGUGACAGUGGAUGUAAACAUGUUCUGGCAAAUAAAUGCCAAGCCAGAGAUUUAAAAAGCUUGAAGAUGUAUGAAUGUACAUACUCAUUUGUGUAGGUGUGUAAUUGUGUGACGAUUCUUUUGCAUCACUGCUUUAGAAUGACUGUACUGUACUCGCUGUGGUAAUUAACUGUUGGGUGUGUGCACUUGUACUAACACUGUUUCUCCUGUGUGUACCUUAAUUUUCUUUUCAGGGUAAGAAUUUAUUACCAAAUGGUGUACUGUAUUUGCUUCAAAUUUAAAUUUUAAAUUUUUUCAGUCAAGUAUUUGUAAAUUUUGCUAUUGAUGUCAAAGCCUUUGUGUAAGCAGUUAAGUAUAGAAAAUGUUUAAAAUCUUGCUUAAAUUUACAUGGAGUAUUAUAUAUUGUUACAAUAUUCAAUAAUUUACUUCUAUAAGGGCCUAAUAUCUACCAUAACUGCCUUGGUAAAUGUAUGCAUUUACCAACCAGUACCCAUAUAUAUAUACUAUUCACAGCCUAAGAGGAAAACUAGUCAUUUUACUUGUAAUCCAAAAUGUCAUUAUUGUUGUCCUUGUAUCUGUCUACAGCGCAUAAAAUGGUUUCUCUCGUAAUUCAUGGGGCCAGAAGGUGUGAAUCUGCUUGAUAUUUAUUACACAUUUCUAUACAUGUACACAAGUUUGUAUGUAUAAUUACUUGUUCAUGCUGAAUUUUGCAUUGGGGAGUGCUUGGCUUGACUAAUGCUGUUAAUAGUGAAUGUUUAUAAUGGGGCUGAUUGCUGACUAGGGAUGGUGUAGGUUUUCUGAAGUUUUUCAGAAGAGACAAAAAGUAUUGAUCAUGAAGUUUUGAAAUUUGUCCAAAUAGAUGUUCUUUUGAUUUCAGUUUCUGCUGCAAGAAAUAAUAUAUAUUCUUGCUUUAUACAUUAUUUUGCCUCCAUGUUAUAUACUAAAUAAUGUAAAGAAACUUCCUUGUAUUGAGAAUUUUUAGUUUAGAGAAAGGCCUAUAGUAAAAAUGUUCAUCAGUGUCGCACUACCUGGGAAACACUUAGUUAUUUGAGCUUGUAGAGAUGUCUUGAUACCAAAUGACAACAAAUUAAAAGUUGUUUUGGAAUUACACUAGUCAUCUGAACCAAUAACUCAUCAUGGGUGAAGUAUUAUGUAGACAUGUAUGUAUUUAAAGGAUAUGAAAGUAGCCUUUCUUGACAUGAAUUAAUUAUCCAUGUCUAUAUGCUAUCAUUAUUAAAAGAGAUGAAUAAUU